CCCAACCGCUCAUUGAUCCCACAAUGUCGUAUGAACCGCAACAUCUUCCUGGCGAUUUUACGCACCAGUCGCCAUCUAUCGUCGGAGCAAUGGAUAAAUGUCGACAAGCGGAAGCAGCCAUCACACGCGACCUCGAGAAUAACGCCGCUGGUAGCGCAGUCUUAGUGCUGGAGAAGAAGCUCGUCAACGUGCGGAUCUUAGGACACCUCCUUACUGUUGGGCCCACCAGUGCUGCUCAGGCUUACAUCGCCCAAAUGAUUAGCUCCUGUCAAGAUGAGCAAGCACUUAUCGAACUAGGCGAAGCCUAUGACAAGUACUUCAUCCGCGCUUUUGCUGUACACGGUAUUGACACCGGCAUUUCGCCUCGUCAUCUCUAUCGGGACUCAUUUACUAUUCCCAAAACCUCAAGCUUGCGGAAGCUAAUGCAUUAUAGUCGUUACCGGGCGAAAUCCCUUGCCCUUAUUCGCGACAACUAUCGCUGCAUGGUGGCUGGUCGAAUUGAUGGUACGGCCGCGAAUUCCAUGGAGGCACUGGCCCGCGAAAUGAUCGACAGAAGAAUCAUAGCUGAGGCAACGCGCUGCGCAUACAUUUUCCCUGAAUAUCUCGCUGUUGAUACCGGCAACGAGGCGAAGCGUCGGGACAUAGCCAAAGUAUGGGACGUUAUCAAGGGUUUCGGUUACCCUAAGAUUCAGGAGGAGCUGAAGGGCGCCCAAAUUCAUUCUCUGUGUAACAUACUCACCCUGGAGCCCACCUUGUGCUCGUUCUUUGACGAGCUCAGGCUAUGGUUCGUUCCAACUGAGACACCGAACCACUAUCUGGUUGAAACAUCGAUGCCGUUUACACUUUUCAAGAGCAGGGAGGUUCCGCGCGUCAUCGAGUUCAAGACUACUGAACCUGACCUUGACCUGCCGUCUGCGGAAUAUCUCAACAUUCGCGCGACUUGCUGCCGUGUGUACCAUAUGUCAGGCGCUGCAGAGUACUUUGACAAGCUGGACGACGACAACGAUUUGGAUGCUGACGACGAUCUGGAUGCCGACGACGAUCUGGAUGCCGACAAUGAUGAUCUGGAUGCCGACAAUGAUGAUCUGGAUGCCGACGACGAGCUGGAUGCCGAUGAGCUGGCUGCCGACGACGAGCUGGCUGCCGACGACGAGCUGGCUGCCGACGGUGAUCUGGUUGCCUAUGCGGCCCCUACCCAUCGAUUUGCCGAGAUGUUGGCGGCCCGUCUGCAUGGUACCUGCCCAACCGAUGUUCGACAGGUCAAGGUUGCAUAAGUUACUCCCAUCGU